CGUUGAACGCAGAUUGUACAAGGCGUUUUGUCUGGAAAGAAAAACACUUUGAACGCGAACACCAAUUCAAAGUCUGGGAUUUAUUACUUUACAUUCGUUAUUUUUGGCUUUUAAAAGCAAAGUCGAGGCAACUUUUUUAGGGAGUGACUGCACAAGAAGCUCAAGACGUCUUGACUGGACUUCCUAAACACAAUACACACCGCCCGAAUUUGCCAAUGACAUAACCAAGGGUUUGCAGACUCUUCCUGGGGUCGAGUCGUCCAACCCCAACACUGCUGGAUUGUUACACGUGGGAAGUUUAGAGGAAGCAGAUCUUCUGUCAUCAUGCCGGCCCUCUCCUCCAGAUCCGGCAGUGAGAUGGGUCUGUAUGAGCUGUUGUCUGUACUGCCGUCUCAGCUGCAGCCUCAUGUUGAGAGCCCAGAUGACCGUUCCUUUCUACACGCUAUGUUCGGGGAGAGGAGUCUACAUUCAUUGGUCAAGAUUCAUGAGAAGCUGCAGUGUUAUGAAGACUGUGCACCGACUCCAGUACUGGACAGCGCCGGCUCACUGGCUGCAGACUUGACGGAGGAACUGCAGGCAAGAAGCGCAAGUAAUGAGAUCAGAGAGCUUGUCAAACUACUGUCCAAACCACAUGUAAAGAGUUUGUUGUCUGUUCACGACACUGUGGCCAAGAAGAGUUACGAUCCAGAGCUUCCUCCCCUGCCAGAUGACAUUGAUGAUGAAGAAGACUCUGUCAAGAUCAUUCGACUGGUCAAGAAUAAAGAGCCUUUGGGUGCCACCAUAAAGAAAGAUGAACACACUGGAGCAAUCUUAGUGGCACGUAUCUUAAGGGGCGGCGCAGCAGAUAGAAGUGGGCUGAUACAUGUUGGGGAUGAGCUGAAAGAGGUCAACGGUAUCCCUGUAGAUGACAAAAAACCUGAGGAAAUUAUUCGCAUCCUGUCACAGUCACAAGGUGCUAUCACAUUUAAAGUGGUCCCAGGCAUCAAAGAUGAGGCACAAAGCAAGGAGCCCAAGAUGUUUAUAAAGGCGCUUUUUGACUACAAUCCAGCUGAGGAUAAGGCGAUCCCUUGCAAGGAGGCAGGCUUGGGGUUCAAGAAGGGUGAUAUCCUCCAGGUUAUGAGCCAGGAUGAUGCCACAUGGUGGCAGGCCAAACUGGAGGGCGAUGGCAACCUGCGCGCUGGCCUCAUCCCUUCCAAACACUUCCAGGAAAGGAGGCUUGCAGUCUGGAGACCCACGCCUGUCAUGACACUUCAGAGGACCUCCAGCAAAAGAUUUUCGGGCCUGCGGAGGAGUUUUCGUCUUAGCAGAAGAGAUAAGAAGACAAAUAAAUCCAUGUAUGAAUGUAAGAAAAGUGAGCAGUAUGACACAGCUGAUGUGCCCACUUACGAAGAGGUGACAACCUACCGCAGGAAACACGGCGACAGACACAGGCUUGUCGUGUUAGUUGGUCCUACUGGUGUUGGAUUGAAUGAGCUCAAAAGGAAGUUGUUGAUAUCCGAUCCACAACAUUUUAGUGUCACCAUACCACACACCUCUCGGUCAAAGAGACACAUGGAAAGCGAAGGAGUGGAGUAUCAUUUCAUCUCCAAAAACCUUUUUGAGGCUGACAUUCAGAACAACAAGUUUAUUGAACAUGGAGAGUAUAAGGGAAACUACUAUGGGACGAGCUUCGACUCUGUACGUUCAGUCCUGUCCAAGAACAAGGUGUGCCUUCUAGACGUACAGCCACAUACAUUAAAGCAUCUUCGUACGGCCGAGUUUAAGCCCUACGUGGUGUUUGUGAAGCCUCCAUGCAUCGAGCGCUUAAGAGAGACCAGGAGGAACGCGAAAGUCAUCUCAGGCAAAGACGAUAAGACCUCAUCCAAAGCCUUCUCGGAGGAGGACUUUCUGGAGAUGAUCAGUGCCUCUCAGAUGAUGGAAAACCAGUACGGUCACCUCUUUGAAAAGGUCGUUGUGAACGAUGACCUCACAGUUGCCUUCAGCGAGCUCAAACGGGUGCUCAGGAAAGUGGAGACAGAAGCUCACUGGGUGCCCAUCAGCUGGACUCAUUCCUGAGGGGCGUCAUAACACAAGGGAACAAGGCAUCGCAUUUAGGAGGGGGACUAAGGGAAGGACUUUAAAAAAAGAAAAAACUGUGAAAGAUUUCUUUCUAUUGAAUUUUUAUUUGGGAUUUUAGAUGGUGACAGGGAAAAUUUUUAAGUAAUCCUAAUACAUCUGGUUUAUCUUUUCUUGGAGACUAAAGUGUAAGCGUAUGGGUUUGUUUUUGUUUUGUCGUGGUGAAUAUAGCUGAACGGGUGUAACUGCA